AUGGCUUCUUCAAACAAUUCCAUAGCAGAAAACAAAAAAGCCAAAAAACCAGAAACCUCAACACCUACUAGCAAAAUCAAAAAGGAAAAAGACGUAGAAAAAUCCAGUGAGAAGAAGAAGAACAACGAGGAGAACAAAAGCAGCAAGAGUAAGAAGCUCAAGUUCGCCAAUGGAAAUUCCAAAGAAAAAGAAGAUAAUGGAAUGAAACAAGAGAAUGGUGCGGAAGAAGAAGGAGUAGGAGAAGAAGAAGCGAAAACGACCGUGUUUCCGAUGAGUCGAAUCAAGACGAUAAUAAAAGCAGAAAUCAGCGAUUUGCGUGUUUCUCAGGAAGCUAUAUUGGCAAUUAACAAAGCUGCGGAGAAGUUUCUUGAACAAUUAGCUCAGGAAGCUUAUGCUUGUUGUGCUCAGGAUCGUAAGAAAUAUCUGAGUUACAAUCACCUAUCAAAUGUUGUUAGUAAGCAAGGAAGAUUCGACUUUCUGUCUGAUUUUGUUCCUGAGAAAGUGAAAGCUGAGGAAGCACUAAGAGAGACAAUCUCAAGAGGGGAUAAAGGUGGUUAG